AUGGGUGACCGGAGAGUGAAGUUUGCUGACGAGCGGUUGGCUCCCGGCCACGCUCUUCAUGGAUCUGUCUUGGGUAGAAGAACAGAGCAACUGGAGUCGCUAUUCAAGCUGGGGAAGAAGCUCGGGCAGGGUCAGUUUGGAGUGACGUUCCUGUGCACGGAGAAAGCCACGGGGAAGGAGUACGCGUGCAAGACCAUUGCAAAGAAGAAGCUUAUAUCGAGGGAGGACGUGGAGGACGUGAAACGCGAGGUGGCGAUUAUGCAUCACCUGUCGGGCCAUAACAACAUCGUGUGCAUCAAGGGCGCGUACGAGGAUCACGCGAAUGUGCACAUUGUCAUGGAGCUCUGCACGGGAGGCGAGCUGUUCGAGCGCAUUAUAAAAAAGGGUCACUACAGUGAGCGGCAGGCGGCGGAGCUAACGCGGACGAUCGCGAAGGUGAUAGAGGCGUGCCACUCGCUGGGCGUGAUCCACCGCGACCUCAAGCCGGAGAACUUCCUCUUCGCCAACAAGUCCGAGACUGCCGACCUCAAGGCCACCGACUUCGGCCUCUCCUACUUUUUCAAGCCAGGCGAGUACCUGUCGGACGUGGUGGGCAGCCCGUACUACGUGGCGCCGGAGGUGCUGCGGCGGCGGUACAACGAGAAGGCGGACGUGUGGAGCAUGGGCGUCAUCAUCUACAUCCUGCUCUCCGGCGUGCCGCCCUUCUGGGCAGAGACGGAGCAGGGCAUAUUCGAGGCGGUGUUGCGCGGCGAGCUGGACUUUGAGUCGGACCCGUGGCCGUCCAUCAGUGAGGACUCCAAGGACCUCAUCCGCCACAUGUGCUGCCUCGACCCCAAGAAGCGUUAUUCGGCUUAUGAUGUUCUUUGCCAUCCGUGGGUGGCAAAGGAUGGCGUCGCACCUGACAAGCCGCUGGGCUCAGCAGUGCUCUCUAGGCUGAAGCAGUUCACUGCGAUGAACAAGCUGAAGAAGAUGGCGCUGCGGGUGAUUGCAGAGAGCAUGUCGGAGGAGGAGAUCUCGGGGCUCAAGGAGACGUUCAAGAUGAUGGACACUGAUGGCAGCGGCACCAUCACGUAUGAGGAGCUGCGCGCCGGGCUCAAGCGGAUCGGGUCCACUCUCAACGACAUGGAGAUUAAAGAGCUGAUGGAUGCGGCUGACAUUGAUGGCAACGGCACCAUCGACUACGGCGAGUUCCUGGCAGCGACAGUGCAGCUGAACAAGAUAGAGCGCGAGGAGACGUUGUUUGCGGCCUUCUCCUACUUUGACAAGGACUCCUCCGGCUUCAUCUCCACCGAUGAGCUGCAGGACGCGUGCCGCGAGUAUGGGGUGGACGAGGAGUGCAUCGUUGAGACCAUGCGCGACGUUGACACUAACAAUGAUGGCAUCAUUGACUAUAACGAGUUUGUUGCCAUGAUGAGGCAAGGGAACGGAGGGAUUGGCAGGAAAAGUCUGGGCGGCAGCUGGACCAUUAGUGGCGGUGGCUUGCCGCUUCCAUUCAGCAACUCGCACCGCAAUGCUGAGUUCGGAUUCCUGGCGUGGCUUGCUGACAAUGCGAAUGCGGCGCGGUUCGACCCUCGGACAUCACGCGCCGCCCAAACGCUACCCCGUUUCAACUUUCAAGCAAGCCCCUGCUUCCCCACCCCGGCCCCUCACAUCAGUGACACGUCACGCACGGCCCGCAAGACACCUCGCCCCGUGCUUCAAUCGGGGCAUCCGACGGCGUGGGAUUUGUGCCGGUUCUCGUGCGUGAGCCGCCAGUGGAAGCAGCUGUGCUACAGCCGCGUCUUCUGGACCAAGCUCCGCAUCGGCCCGGGCAGCAUGCAUCCAGGCGUGGAGCUUCUCGCGGCGCGCUGCGCGAACCUGACGGACCUCUACGUGGACGACCCGCGGUGCGAGCUGCACAUCCUGCACCCCAUCAUCGUCGCAUGCAGCGACUCGCUGCGACGCAUCGUCAUCGACUGCGACCGCGACGCGACGAGUCGCAACGAGGCCGCCAUCUGCAGCAUCCUCUGGAUCAUAUCUCUCUACUGCAAAAACGUCGAGUCGGUGGAGCUCACAUCGCACGGCGUAGAAACAUCCUUCGGUCUGCUCGAGGCGCGUUCCAUGUGGUACCUGACCUCGGGCUUCCGCUCCAUGCGACAGUUUUCGUGCCUCGUGCGAAAUAGUGUUACUCGCCAGGCCGUGUACCUCAUGGUGAUUGGGUGGCGAAACCUGUCGUGUCUGCGCAUCCACAUGGGGGCUUUAGAGGUCGAAGACUUAUUGGCGCUGCGCAAGUGCACGUCUUUGAGAGUGCUGGAACUAGUAGGAGGCUCUAUUCACACCCUACCCGCCGCUCUCGGCGCGCUUCCCCCUUCAACCCCCGCGCCCGCAUCCACUUUCCCCUGGCUCGGCACGAGCCGACUCGCCGCAGCCUCGGGGACAGGUUCGGGGACAGGUUCGGCAGCGCCGGACGCGUUUCACCCGGAGCUGGAGGUUUUGAUUCUGACGGACGUGGACUUUGACGCGGCAGUAGUGGCUACUAUCGCGCUCCGGUGCCCCAACUUAAGGCGCAUCGUGAUUAAGGGCCUGUGUUGCGCCAUGUGCGCUGCUGCUGGGUCCGCAGCUGCUGCAGCGGGAAGGGUAGCCGCCAAGGUUCUUGCACUACGGCAGAUGCUCUCCAUGGCAGGGAGGCUAGACAUGGUGGCUAAAUAA